UUGAAACAGCUGAUUGUGCGACUAUUUGCUAGUGUUUUUAUUAAAUAAAUUCGGAUUUGGUGAAUUGUAAACCGACCAAUCUUAAGGCUGACCCGUGAUCAGGUCUUACAAUACAGAUCUAGUGCAGAAAUGUCGCAGUGCUCGUUCCAGGCGCAGUUAGUGUCCAUUAUGGACAUUGUGGCGAAAGCGGCUGUUGCGGAAAUAAAGCGGCGGGUGGAUGACGGCUGUGCGGUGAUUAAAGUGGAGCUGAGCCGCAGCAGGAAGGACAUUGAUACACUGAAGAGGAAAUGUGUGAUGAUGGAGAAUGAACUGCGGAGGGUCAAAGGACGGGGCAGGAGGAGAGUGUGGACAUGCGGCACCUCCGAUCGGUAUCCUACUCCACUGAAGACAGUGUGUGUGACAGAUGCUGGUGCAGAUGUGAUCAGAGAUCAAGAUGACGCUACACAACAAACCACUCACAACAUCAAACAGUCUGCGUGUGUGCUGGAUGAUGGAAUCAGACCUCCGGUGAUCAAAGAUGAAAGAUCCGAACAGGAAACGGAAAGCCGCGCAGAAGAUGCAGGGAACGUCGAAUACGACUACGAGCGGAACGUCCAACAUAUUCACGCUCAGGAGGACGUGGACAAACAACAAGCACUUUUUGGAGAUCCAGAGAUCCAAAACGCGUGUUUCAUGCACGCACGGACUUCCACAGAACAUCCCGAGCAGAUGACGCUUCGGGAAGUGUGCGAGAGCGAUCUGAGACUCCAAGUGAAAGCUGAGGAAGACAACGAGGAAGAGCGUUUACAAACCGAGGACAUAAGAUGCCCAAGAGAUCAGCUGAGCUUUGCUCACGAGGAGAGAGACGCCAAACUGUUGCCCGAACCAAGCCGAGACAUCCAGGCCUCACAAAACACGGGCAUCUACCCCCAACCGGAUGUCUCCGAGGCGUCCAGGAAUAAUCGCCAUCCUGUGGAGAGAACACACACGGAGCUUUACGAUUUCGGACAGGUAAAUAGAAGCGAUCCAAACCGGCAAACCUGGUGUAACGAAAACACACAGGAGCGAAGUCACAUGACUCACGGCGAUAGGCUGAGCUCGGUUGGUGCCAUAUACAGGCAACAGCACCACACGACUCUGCCCGCUCCGGCUGACCAUCUACACGAUGCCAACGUCACCAGCCAGGUGGAGUCAGACGCCUGUAUGCAGACUUUUCCCGAGUACGGUCUUGGCACGCUCGGUGCCGUCCGGCGAUUUCGGACUCACUGGCGGUCAAGUGUGGACGCGGAAAAGCGCUUCAGCUGCUCGUUUUGUGAAAAGUGCUUCAGUCGCUUCAGUCAGCUGAAGGAGCAUCUGCGCAGUCACACGGGCGAGAAACCGUUCACAUGCACACAAUGCGGCCGCAGUUUCACAAAGCAUUGCAACCUCAUCCGGCACGCCGUAGUGCACAGCGGCGAGAAACCGUACCAGUGCGGGCAGUGCGGGAAAUGUUUCACACAACGCUCUAGUCUGAAGUCCCAUCAGAGGACGCACUUGGGUGAGUGGGAUGGGCUCCCGGUGCACAGGUAACAGCGGACGCAUGCACGAUGAGCGGAAACACCUGAAAUAAAACAGAGGGACGUUUGAUGAUGGGCUGGACUUCAUUUUUUACUGAUAUUUGUUGUGAAGAUUUCAAUGAUCGUUGUUGUAAUUUUUACACUUUCCAUUUGUAUUUUCCGAAUUUAAUUUGAUGAUGUGUGUUGAGUGUAACGUUAACUAAUUUAUUAUGUGUCUGCAUGAAUGAAUAAAGCAG